GACAGUUGAAGUAUCUUUCCCUCCGGAAAUCAGUUUCUAUGCGCUUCUUUUAACUUAAAUUGUGAAAAAUGCAGUGUAAUAUGUUUAAUUGUGUAUUAAGUACAAAUUAAAAUGAUUAUUUUAUAUAUAAGUGAGUGUGCUUAAUGUUAUCGGUGUUUAUUUCGCAAUCAUAAAGCGACUAAUGUAAAUGCAGUGAUAACUUCGCAAUUUGUGGACUGCUAUCAAAUUUUAAUGUCUUCCGGUGAUAUUUCGUCAUUACUUGGUUCCACCACAAAGCUUUUGGCACCCUCACCAACGGCAAUAGUGCACCCUGUUGCGAUUAUGCAGUACACCCUAUUGGCUCACUCUGGCUAGCGUGAUGUGACCGUGCUUGCAUAUAGCAGUUAUCUCUGUCGUGUGGCAUUAUAUUGCUAAAUAACAACAAAGCACAAUAAUCGUAAGCAGAAGCAGCGAAUAAGCGAAAAAGGUCGGAGCAAUUAUUAACAGAACUGCGGUGUUCAGCGUAGAAAAAUGUAAUCAUAAUUAUAAAAACUGUUUUAAAAAGUGCUUAGCCGUAAAGUUAUUAAGUAAUUGAUGUUUUGUUAAUGAAAUUCCGCUGAUGCGCCGUUGGACAAAGCGUUUAUAGAAGCCUGCGAAAAAUUGCAAAACAAGCGUCGAUCCGAUCGUCGUUAUUUAAUACAAACGAAAAAUUGUGUGGAGAUCGUAUUGGUGCUUGGCUAUCAUUUUUGACAAUAUUGUGUUUUAAUAAAUUGCUGUUGGAAAAAUGGUGCGUCGUCGCGCUACCAAAGCUACAGCGCUCACAGGCGGAGGUGCGCGUAGCGCCAAUAGUAAUUUGUUAGAAAAUGGUGAACUCAAAUCUACGGCUGGCUGUACACAUUUGGAUGAACAAUAUUUUGCCAGUCCCAAACGUAAAGACUGUAAAAUUGAUAACUGCUUGACGGAAAAGCUAGCCAAUAGAGAACAUCAAUCCGAAAAAGAAGUGAAAACACACGGAAAAACUAAAUCGUCGACAUCAGCAAGUGGCAAAGUAAGAGGCGAAAGAGGAGGUAUUGCAGGCCGCACGAUUGGUGUGCCUUUGGCCACUCGUUCACAAACACGUACAAUAGAAAAUUUCUUCAAAGCUAAAACUGCUGCCAAUAAUGCUAAGUUGGAAGAGCGUUCCGAAAGAAAAACAGAAACCAUAAGCUGCACAGUCAAUGAAGAAUAUUUAUAUGAAGACUUGCCCCAUUACAAUAAUAUACACCCAUCGACACCAGAUACGCCAUGCGAACUUGACGAAGAUACAAAUGAUAGUGAAUUUUGUGCACAGCUAACAGAGGACACAGUCUUCGGUAGCGAUUUUCUGACACAUCGCUCACAAUUACGUGACAGUCACUCGUCAACUGGCAGUGCAUGUACAAAUAUUAGUAAUUCGGAAAAUAUAUUUUUACAAGAACCCGUGCUCACAUUGAACGUGGAUAAAACACCAAAUCAAGCGUCAUCCAUAAAGAUAAACACAUCACUCGAAGUAGAGCCGAUAUUCUCAUCACCACCUGCACUUACUACGGCGCUUAAUGGUCGCUUCAAUCAAAUUGUGACACUCAACAUUUCGCAGUGUAAACUUGAUCCAUACUCUUUGGAGGCAGAAAAUAUGGCUAUUGUAGCGUUACAUGAGAACGGUUUGGUGGAGGAGUUAUUACCUGAACAAGAUCAAGAAAAUGACAAUGAAAAUGAUAAUGACAAUAGUUCUUGCGAUAGUGGCGUUGCCUUCACUACCACAAUUAACAGAGAUAUGAUGUUGACAGAACAAAAUGACAAGAUCGCUGCAGUGGCGGCGGAUGAUGGGAAUGCACGUAGAAGAAAACCAGCAACGCCACAUCGCAUUGUGUGCCCAUCACCUAUUAAAACUAUGCCACCUAUGAUCUCACCUAUGCGCGCUGCUAUUACAAACGGCAGAAUCUCGUCUCCUUCGGGGCGUAAACUUAACAAAGAACAGUUAUCGCCGCGGAAAUCCCCGCGCAAAAUGGCGAGCGCUCACUCUAAAACACGACGAAGGCUGAAUACACAGAAAGAGCUUAGCGCAUUAAGCAACGAGGACUCCGUUAAGUUGUUACCUGAGGAAUGUGCAGUCGCUAUGAAUGUCAACGAGGCAGCUAGGAAUAUACAACAUGAGCUCAACUCAAAUUGUGAGAAACGUGACACGCCUAUCUUGGCACAACAACAAAAGUGCGCUACAUUAAUGAGUGCUUUGAAGCAACCACAAAAGCUGGUGGCACCCAAAUCGCAUGCAGUUAAAAUGCAAUCGCACAAACCGAAAUUGGUGAAUGGCCUACCACUGGCCGCCACAAAUAACAAUCACACCUUAAAGGAAUGCUUCCCCGUGCGUCGUAGUGUACGCAAAACUAAAACUGCCGUAAAUGAGGAGAUCAUGCGUAAUCUGGAGCGAGCUGUUUUGGAGGAACGUGCCGAUGGUCUUAAAGUGGCACAUUUCGAGGGAAAAGGUCGCGGUAUUGUCGCCGAUCGGCACUUCCAACGUGGCGAAUUCGUGGUGGAGUACAUUGGUGAUCUGAUAGCGAUGAACGAGGCGAGUGAACGCGAGAAGCGCUAUGCAUUGGACGAGAACGCAGGCUGUUAUAUGUACUAUUUUAAGCAUAAAAAUCAACAGUAUUGCAUUGAUGCGACUGCGGAUACCGGCAAACUGGGACGUCUCGUGAAUCACUCACGCAACGGAAAUCUCGUCACAAAAGUGGUGGACGUCAAGCAACGGCCACAUCUGAUAUUAGUGGCAAAAGAUGACAUUGAGCCGGGCGAAGAAUUGACCUACGAUUAUGGUGAUCGUUCAAAGGAAUCGUUGCUGCAUCAUCCUUGGCUGGCUUUCUAGAAAUGUGGCACGGCGUUGACGUGGCGUGAGGAGGCUAAAAACAAUAUUUAGCAUGACAGAUGCAAACAAAUCAAGUGCUUAACGAUGCAAGUCGUAGCGACUUAAUACAGAGUUAACUGUCAAAAAGGCUAGUUAAAAUUAAUCAAAAAACAAAAAAAUGACUUUGCCUUCGUGUGCGUGACCGUGUGUGCGCUUGCGUGGGCUGGCACUUAAUGGCUCAACUGCAGCUUAGUUGCAAAAACAAAUUAAGUAAUAGUAUAUAACAAAAAACAAAAAAAAAUAAGAGUUCUAAUGCAAAGUACCGUUUAUUAGAAAGCAUAUAACAUAUACAUAUAUUUAAUAACAAUAAUAAUAAUAAUAAUACAAUUUAUAGUAACAUUAAUAUUUUAUAGACUUAUUUCGGUAAUUGUUAAUGCUUUAUUAGUGAUAAGCGAAAACAAAAACAAAAAAAGAAACAGAGCAAACAAAAAAACACAAAACAAGAUGGCGUACGCACAGUGUGACGACGUGACUAACGAGCAGCUUGAAACACGAUUUUUCGGCUGUUUUCACCAUGUUCCCACUUGUUGGUUAAUUGUGAGAAAGUGAAACUAAUACUAAAUUUAAAUAAAAAAAAAUGCAAUUUAGUUUACAUUUCGUAUAAAGCAAAAAACAAUUACAAUCGAAUACAUUUGUUACAAUUAAGACAUACCCAAAAGGCUAGUAAAAAUUUGUUUAAUUACUUCAAAAUAUUUGCAGUAACUAAUUUAAUAUAUAAAAACAAACAAAAAAAAAAACUAAAUAAAUUCUAAUUUAAUUACCACUUAUAUCGUUACACUGUGCCAUUCUUGUUUUUUCCUAUCAUUCUACAACUGAAUUGUGUUCAAAUUGCAUUGAGCCUAACAUUUAUAUACAUACAUACAUGCAAAUAAUGGCUGCAUACGAUAUAACAAAAAUACUUAGGUGAAUACGCGACAAACAAAAUUUUCUUUAAAAUGUGCCACAAAUCAAAAUUUCAUAAAUGAAAAAAAAUUACAAAAUAAAUUAAUUUCUAUUUAAAUACAAAAAAAAAUCCAUUGUAACGCCCGCUGCAAACAAGAGUAAACAAGUAAACAUAAGUACACACAAUUAACUAAAGCAAUUUGCAUAAAUUUAAAUUAUUUUAAACUAAGAAGGUGCAUGUCAACAUAUUUCAAAUGCAUAAGCAUUAUUGAAACAUUAUUAAGUUUAAUUUGCAAAUUUUCGAUAGACACUCACAAGAAAACACAUGCAAAUCACUGCUCCAAUGACUAAAAAACACUAAAACUAUUUCUAGUGACACUCUAACCUAAAAAUGUAGUUAACAAUUUGUAAGCAAACACAAUGGUUAUUAAAUAAGUAAAAGAAAUAAGUUAAAAUGACUUGAAAACUAUAUGAUAAUAUUGACAAAUGGUCGCCUAAACCAUGUAUGUUAAAUUUCAUUGAAUAAUUGCAAGCCCAUCGAAUUGGUGUUAAAAACUCCACGCAGCCGAGCAAGAACAUUACUUUAGUAUAUACAUACAUACAUAUAAAUACGUAGUUAAAAAGAGAAACUGUUUUAUAAAUGACAAAUUCAUGCUUUUCAUUUUAUAUCUGCCAGUAUGCAUUGUCUUAAUUCAUUGCAAACCAAUUUAUUACCACAAACCACAAAAUAGUAAUAAAGAAAGAUAAAAAUAAUUAUGAAAAAUACCACAAAUACUGAUAUACAAAUAUAUUAAAUUAUGCUAGAUAUACCGCAAACACUUCACUGCUGCAUAGUUACAUAACAUUACAUAACAUUAAUAGUAGAAAAUCCCACAAAAAUGCUGAAUAUAUGUGUUGGUAGAACAACUUAAAUGCAUACCUGCCUAGCAAUAAGUUCGAAAUAAAUAACAGUUAUUUGUAAGUUACAUGCAUACAAACAUAUAUGUGUAUGGUGUGAAAGCAUAUUUAUAAAAAAAAAUGUGUGCCUCACAUGUUACGAACUUUAUUGACGCGCUUGCUGUAUUCUCA